AUGGACCCAGAUCAGACAGCAGAAGCUUCAACGCAAGCCUCCUCGGGCGACACCGACAAACAGCCAGCACCAGAGACCGGUAAACCUGAUCAAACCCCACAACCGUCCGCCAACCGCUCAGAACUAAUAGCAAGAGCUCGCACCUUCCUAUCAACUCCCCAUAUCCGCUCGCAAGACAAUACCUCCAAGCAUGCAUUCCUCGUCGACAAGGGGCUUUCACAAGACGAGAUCGACUCACUACUCCGGGAAAUCCCCCCGCCAGUACCGCCACGGACGUAUCCUCAGCCUCCUCCAUCUAAUCUUCCUAACAUGCUCAUUGGGAUUGCGCGUGUAUUCAAGUGGCUGACUGGGACUUCAGCAUUCGUGCUCUUCAUCUACUACCGGUUCUUCCUACCGAGAAUCUCGCAAACCUACCACGCUCGCCAUGCGCUUCAUGCCCACCAGUCUGGACUCAUGCUUCGUCUCAACGAAUCCCUCGCUACAUUCAAGGAGAAACAGGCGGAAUGUUUUGCUGGCCUGCCAAAGCCCGUAAUAUACAAGGAGAUACCGGAAUACGCAGAAUGCCAUUCGCUAGAUGAUAUACUCGCAUGUCGCCGCAAAGCCGAUAUCGACGACGAGGAUGCCAGUGACACCUCGAACGUCUCAAUUUUGCGCUCCGCUAUCGAGGAACUGACUCGUUCGAAGGAAAGCACCGAAGGAAUAAGCACAAGUGAUCUAUUCAACCAUCUUGAAGACAAGCUUCCAUGGUUGAAGGGAGAGCAAGGUGCUGAGUGCCAGAAUGACCUCUGGCAAACACUCAACGAAUCUCUUCUAUUCACUUCCACCUCGCCGAAAUCUUCCUCUUCUUCAUCUAUCCCAGACCAUCCCUCUCGUCUCCUCUGGACAUAUGUUCCUCCACCAAUAUCUCCCCCUCCGCCCAUGAUCGUCGCUCUCGAGACUCUACAAGCAGCGCUUCCCCGCAACGCACCAGCUCCUCCACUCUCCAAAACCGAAAUAGCACCUCUCCGCCCUACACAACGAACCCUCCAAGCACUCGCAGAUUUCACCGGGUACAUCGCCACCCAAACAUACUCAUUAGCUAUCCAUAUGCGCAGCAUCAACGGAUCGCCUGCGACGAGCAACACAGACGUGGACGAAAUACGGCGCGAGAUACGCGCACUGAAAGGUCUCGUUCUCAACCGACGCUCAUUCUUACCCAAUACAAGCACUGGGAUACCGCGCACUUCAAGCGAGCCAUCAAAGCUUGCUGACGUAUGA